UUUCUUGAUUGUGUCGUUGAGCAUGGUUUGAGAAGCACUGAUCCAACACGACGAAUUUUUCUGAGUAAAUUCUUAAUUAAAGCUCUAUUUAAAGGAAAUUAAGGGAUAUUAUGGAGAAUCAAGCGAAUAACUUGGAUAAGGAGAAUGUGGAUACGAUGAACGUGGAUGGUCCAAAGAUAUAUACAGUCGAAAUUUUGAGGAUGAUUAAGGAACUUCAGCAACAACAUGGUUUAAGGCACGGGGAUUUUCAGCGUUAUCGUGGUUAUUGCACUAGACGAGUUAAGAGAUUGAGAAAGACAUUAAACCUUCCCCAAGGCGAUAAAAGGCAUUUUAAGAAGCGGGAUGUUAAUGUAACUCACUUAGAAGGAAAAACAACGAAUGAGAAGUAUGUCCAUAUUCCAUUAAUCUUAUCGGAGCGAGCUUGGGCCUAUGCAAUGCAGCUGAGACAAGAAGCAAAUAGUGAGCCACGAAAGAAGUUUCAUUUAGUGUCCAAACUGAAGAAGGCUUGUGUCUAUUCGAUGCAGUUACAGACACUUGUUAAUACGGACUUUUGUGAUGCUCGAACAAAAUUGGAAGCAGAAGCUUAUAAUGCAUUCAUCCAUGGAUCUUAUUAUUUUGAAAUGGGCCGAUGGAAGGAAGCUGCUGAAAAUUUAAAGAAGGCUCAAGUUGUCUAUGAUAAUUUAGUUCAAGCAUUGCCAGAAGAUGAACAAAUCUUGUAUAAGAAUAGAAUUGAUGAAAUUGCUCCAAGCUUACGUUAUUGUGCUUAUAAUAUUGGUGAAAACAUAAAUAUGAAUGACUUGCUAGAAAUGCGUGGUCAAGGAAUGUUGACUGAUCUCGAUACUUUGGUUGCACAAACGAAAACUGAACAAACUGAUGCAUUCCAAAGCACAGAAUGGCGUGGACGAAAAGUUACUGUGCGUCCAGCAAAAGUUCGUUUGUUCCUAUUGAGCAUUCAAGACUUGAACAAGUCUGUUGAAAAAGUUAAGGAUUAUCAAGCUAAGAUUGAUAUUGUUGAGAAUGUCUUAUUGGAUUGUAAGGAUGCUAUUUCAGCACUUAAAGAUGAGAUCAAAACAGAUCCGAAACUACGCAUCACACAAGAAGGUCAGUUAUCAAGUGUUCAAUUUUUAUUGACUUACCUUUCAUACAUUCGUCUUAAAUUAACACUCGAACGAAAUCUUUAUUUGGUUGGGCAAGCUAAGCAAAACAUGGAAGAGGAAAAAUCUUCAGAAUCUUCCAAAAAGGUUCGCUCACAAGAUAUAUCUCGUCUAUAUGAAAUUAUUUUACAGAAUAUAACAGAAUUACAACAGUUGAAUGGCAUGGAAAAUGAUAAGGAAUAUCAGACAGAAAUUGAAACUUUAUCAUAUGGUUUCAAGGCAUUCAGAUGUUAUUAUAUUGCACUUACACUGGUAAAUUUAAAGAGAUGGAAAGAAGCAGUUUCUUUGUAUGAGCGUUCCUUAAAAUAUGCAAAUGAAGCAAUCAAACAAAAGAUUAAAGAGUUUAAUUUGGAUAAGGAUUUGAAAGACCUUUCGAAGAAAAUUGAAGGAUCUAAAUUCUCUGCCCUUGCAUAUAGUGUCUUGGAAACAGACAAUCAAGAAGAGUCUGUUUUAUAUGGAAAGAUUCAGAAAUCAACUAAGCCGCUCUUUGAACGACUAGAUCAAUAUAAGGAAGACACAACAUUGAAUUCUAGAAAUCCUAAUGUCUAUAAAAUUACCCCUGAAAUGGAAUCGAUUCCUUGCAAGCCAUUAUUCUUUGAUUUGGCUCUAAACUUUGUCGAAUUCCCAUCAUUGGAAGAUAAGGUUGAAACAGCUGCAAGCAAAAAAGCUACCACUGGUUUGACAGGCUUUGUAAAAGGAUUCCUUGGAUUUGGAGGUGAAAAGAAGUAAAGGGUUUAUUCUAUUAUUUUUGUUGUUAUACCUCCUUUAAAUUGAAUAAUAAAAUGACAUUCAUUUUUCCAC